UAAUUAAUUGUUUUUAUUUCUAGAAUAUUAAUUGUUAGAUAAACAAUGGAUAGUUGGCUUCUGGAAUUCAGGUUCAAGAAGGAAAUUUUGAAAGAUUCAAAAUUAUCAGAAACUUUCAUUGAUGGUUUGGUUGAAGCAGUUCACUUUAUGAUAGAUGGGGGGAAGGUUGUGUUUAAAAAUAACCAUGAUUGUGUCAACCAAGGAUUCACUGUGUUUAUACAGGAACCAAAUAUAAGUUCAGUUUUGAUCCAAGGAAUGCGAGAUGGAGUUUUAACGUUUGAUCUUCAUUUGUUGUCGAUGGUGGAACCCGAAGUAUUCGAUAAAAAAGUUUUAACUUUUCACGACAAACUUCUUGAACACGAAGGAAUCGUUCGAAGGAAAACUUCCGAGUUUGAACCGUUGGGUCGAAUCAAGCGUGGGCGAACGUUUUCACCAUACGAGCGCGCGGCAACGGGCCUUGUCAUCGAGCAUGACUUUGACAAACUAGUGUUCGAUGGAAAGUCUCCGUACCAAACAGUGAGGAUUCUUCACUCAAUGCAGUUUGGAAACUGUUUGGUGCUCGAUAAUGAUAUGAAUUUGGCUGAAAGUGACAUCUCGUACACGGUUGCGAUCACCGGGGGUGGUAGAGAGGAUUAUCGAGGGAAGAACGUUUUGAUCCUCGGAGGGGGGGACGGUGGGAUAUUACAUCAUCUACGGGACAAAGGAGCUCGUAUGAUUACGAUGAUCGACAUCGACAGGAUGGUCGUUGAUGCCGCGAAGAUCCAUCUGCGAGGGAUUUGUGGCGAUGCUAUGGACCGAGAGGAAGGAGAUAAUUAUAAAAUAAUUGUUGAAGACUGCGUUCCACACUUGAAGAAGUUCGCAGCCGAAGGUCAAAAGUUCGAUUACGUAAUUAACGAUUUAACGGCGAUCCCAAUCAGUUUGGAACCAACUGGGUCGUUCUGGGAUUUCUUGAGGUUGAUAUUGUCGCUUUCCAUCGAUGUUUUGGAGGAAGAUGGGAAGUAUUUUACACAGGGCAAUUCUUCAAACAUGCGCGACGCGUUACAAAUGUACGAGGAUCAAUUGAACAAACUGGAAGUGAAAGUUUCUUUCAGCAAAGAAACUGUUUGCGUUCCAUCUUAUCAUGAGUUAUGGGUCUUUUACACUUUAUGGAAAUCUGCACAGUCAUGAUGACUAAUCAUCCAUCAUCCAUGAAUUUGCAUUUUUUUAAUGACUCAACAUUUUUAAAGUUCCAAUCGUGCUGAUUAUGAUGUCAGAAUUUUUUUAAUAAAAGCAGUUUGUUUGGUAAUUGGGUCACAAUACUAACAAUGAUUGUUUUUUAAGUAAUGUUAUGAUGUGAUAAACGAUGGGAUUGAUUGUUAUGAAAUACGUAACAAUCACAAAUCGAGUCACUUUAUAAGAAAUAGUAAUCUAUAAUGUCAUAUCGGUCUUUAUUGAAAUAGAAUAUGGAUUACUAUAGAACAUUAGUUUGUUGUAAAAUAUAAGAGAUAUAAUGUGAAAUAUGAUAUUACAAUGUUAUUGGGUGAUGUGCGCGAUUCCCCAUACCCCCAUUAUGCCGACAGAGCGACUUAACAGAUUUUAGUCUGUUACACAUUUCGUAACACUUGAUCCUAACUGUUAUUCGGUUACAAAAUAAUCAUCCAAUUUCAUCAGCACAAUAUUUACAAGUUGAUCGCGAUUGUAAAUGGCAGAAGUACCACCGCAGUGUAUUUACGAUACUCCCCGCAAUAAAUUUAACCAAAUGCUCUGUUGCGCCACCU